AUGAAUCCACCUUCUCUUUCUCUUUCCUUCAUCCCAACACAGCUCCACACAACAGCGAACACAAAUCUUCCAACACAAUCACCUCACCACUCACCACAACUCUCACCACAGCUCCCACAAAACAAUCAACUCAACACCAUCACCACCACCAUCACACACACACACGCAAACACACACAAACACAUAACAAUGGCUCAUUCCGUUCAAACUGCCAUGGGAGUUGAACUCCCAAAGGUGCCGGCGGAAAAGACCUUGGAAGCACGAGCUGCUGGCCGCCGAGCUGCUCUCAGGCGAUGCCACGCUGAGAGAAGAGAACGCAUGAAGGCCGAGGCACUCCAGGGCAAAGGAGUGGCCUCAACAAAGCAAGAGGUCGCCUUCCCGGCGGCCAAAGAGGCAACCGUCGCCAACAGUGAGGCGACGGGCACUGCCAACGGCCCCGCAUCAGCGGGUGUCCGUGUCAAGGUCGAAGAGGGCGAAGACAUAUCCAUGGAUAUGUCUGGAGGCUCGGAUGGAGGGGAGAGCGUAAGUGAUGAGGAUGACGAGGAGGAGGAUGACGAGGAGGGUGACGAGGAGAAGGAAGAGGAGGAGGCUGAUUGGAGGACUGCAAAGAACUUCCAAAUGAAGAGAGAUGGAGGAAUCUUCAUUCGGAAGUACGACCGGUACGGAAACCUGCUCCUCACAAGACAACAAUUCUUCCACACGCUUAACAUCUUCCUCAUCACCUCUAUCAUCAUGAGUCCCCAAUACAUGGACCGAAAAGCUGGGAUGAUCAGUGGUGACUCAAUUCCUGCGACAACGACGCUACCGUCCCAAAUGCCUCGACAGAGUAACCAUGCUGCCGUAAACAACGCGAACAGGGCCAGUGUUGACUCACGAUUUACUAGCGACUCAACAAGUUCCAGCACGGAAUCUCCUCAACAUGGUGACAUCCUCCUCCCACAUUACGAACACGUUGGAAGAAAGCGAAAGCUAUGCACUCCCGAGCACCUGGAGAAGCGUUCCCUACUAGGUCCUCGUUAG